AGAGAGAGAGAGAGAGGAAAAUGAUGGAGGUGAGGAAGGAUGUGAUGGACAAUGACAUUGCAGAGAAAGAGAGCGACAGCGUUCGCGGCCAAUCGUCCGCGUCCUACCUGGUGUGGGACGACUUGACGGUGUCGGUGUCGGCCGGUUCCAAGAGGAAACUGCUGAACCAGCUCAGUGGGUAUGCUCAGACGGGUCGGAUCUUGGUCGUCAUGGGUCCUUCCGGUUCUGGAAAAUCCACUUUCCUCGACUCAUUGGCAGGUCGGAUUUCUUCUGACAUCAGAAGAGGGGGAAAUAUUUCCCUAAGUGGGAAAAAGAUGAAGCCCAUAAACCACAAAGAUCUGUCCUAUGUGACUCAAGAAAAUUUUUACUUGGGCACUCUCACUGUCAAAGAGACAAUAGCUUACACAGCUCAUCUGAGGCUUUCUUCUGAAAUGACGAAAGCCGAGAUUGAUGAGGUGGUAGAAACGACCAUAAAGGAGAUGGGACUUGAAGACUGUGCAGAGAACAAGAUUGGUAACUGGCACUUGAGGGGCAUAAGCAGUGGAGAAAAGAAAAGACUUAGCAUCAGCCUUGAAAUGGUGACAGGCCCACUGAUCUUGCUCCUUGAUGAGCCUACCACAGGCUUAGAUAGCGCCUCGGCUUUUUUUGUCACAAGAGCUCUAAGAAAUAUUGCAGAUGAAGGUAGAAUAGUUAUUUGCUCAAUGCACCAGCCGAGCAGUGAAGUUUUCGAUCUUUUUGAUGAUUUACUCCUUCUGUCGAGUGGAGAAACUGUGUUUCUGGGAGAAGCCAAAAUGGCCAUUGAGUUCUUUGCAGAUGCUGGAUUUGCUUGUCCGAGGAGGAAAAAUCCCUCUGAUCACUUUCUGCAGUGUAUUAGCUUGGACUUCGAUUCUGUGACUGCCACUCUAUUGUUUUCUCCUAGAAAUUGUCAAAAUCCGGCCUCGUCUGGUUUUUCAAUGAAGAUGAAGACAGCAGAGAUUAAAGCCACACUCAUCCAAAGUUACAAAUCCUCAGAGUAUUCAUCCGCAGUUAGGAGGAAAAUGCAAGAAAUUGCAGCUACUAAGGAUUAUCAGGUCUGCCAGUUGAAUAAGUAUACUAAUUCCAGCAAGUGGAAGCAACUCAGGAUUUUGACUCAUCGAUCCUUCAUCAACAUGUAUAGGGACAUUGGAUACUCCUGGUUGAGGAUCAUGUUCUACGUUUUAUCAUCAAUAAGUACCGGAACUCUAUAUUUUGACAUUGGAUACGACAAUGGGGCAAUUAUCAACAGAGGAAAGUGCGUUUCAUUUAUCUACGGCUUCAUGAUAUGUUUAUCUUGUGGUGGUGUCCCUUUCUUUGAUGAAGAACUGAAGGUAUUUUAUGCCGAGAGACUCAAUGGGCAUUAUGGUGAGACAGUGUUCGUGCUUGCGAAUUUCCUUUCUUGGCUCCCUUUCUUGGUGGCGAAUUCUCUGCUUUCAGGAACAACGAUAUUCUACAUGGUGAAGCUUCAUCCAGGGUUCUCUCACUAUGGUUAUUUCUGCAUUAAUCUCUUCUGCUGCAUCACCGUUAUUGAGAGUUGCAUGAUGGUUGUGACCUCAUUUGUCCCCAAUGCCUUGAUGGCCAUAGGAACUGGAGCUGGUGUCAUUGUUCUAAUGAUGAUGGCAUCACAGAUUUUUAGACUUCUCCCCGAUCUUCCCAAGUUCUUUUGGCAGUACCCAAUGUCCUACAUCAGUUUUGCCAAAUGGGCAGUUGAGGGUCAAUACAAGAAUGUCAUGACUGGCUGUGAGUUUGAUUCAGCAGAGCCAGGAGAACCAAAACUGAAAGGCGAGACCAUCCUCAAAACAACUUUCGGCAUAUCACCGGAUCACUCCAAGUGGUGGGAUGUAACCGUGCUUCUCUUUCAAUUGUUUGUUUACAAACUGCUACUCUUCUUAAUGCUCAGGUACAAGAAGAGAAUGGCGCCCUGGUUAAAUGGGCACUAUUCUUAGCUUGUUUACAAACUACUACUACUUUCUUAAUUUUAUG